GAGGGAGGCUGAGAGCGGGGUUCUGGCGGGAGAGGUUCUGGACUAGGUGGUCCGGAACUGGUUGUAGCUGUGGCUAUGUUUUUCUCCGAGGCUGGGGCCCGGCGGCGGACGUGGGAAGCCAGCCCCGCGGAACACAAGAAGUUUGUGGAAGUAUUUAAAGCAUGCGAUGAAGAUAACAAAGGCUACCUAAGCAGAGAGGACUUUAAGGUUGCUUUUGUAAUGCUGUUUGGGUACAAGCCCUCCAAGAUAGAAGCAGAUUCUGUGAUGUCUUCAAAAAAUUCCAGUACUUCUGGUGUAUCGCUUGAGGAGUUUUUAAAUAUCAUAAGGAAAAAGAAGGAAGUUCAACUAUAUCACAAUGAGAUAAGACACAUCUUCACAGCUUUUGACAUGCACUAUCGUGGAUUUUUAACUUUGGAAGAUUUCCAAAGAGCCUUCAGGCUUGUGGCUCCCAAAUUACCUGAAAGGACUGUUCUCGAGGUAUUCAGGGAAGUAGAUCAAGACUCAGAUGGUCUCGUCAGCUUUAGAGACUUCGAAUAUGCUAUGAAGAAUGGACAAAAUGAAGCCCAACCGUCGAGAUCUACUUUUGGCAAUUCCGGGGAGAGCUAUAAAUUGUAAUGUAUUUAAAGGUCAAACAGACCUUGCCCUUGUGACUUUGUGAUCUGCAUACUUGUGAUUAAACUCCUAAUCAUAAUUUAUGGAUGCUGAUAAUAUACUUGGGCUUGGAAUUCCAGAGGUGGUUGUGUGUACCAGUCUCCCUCUGUGUGGCUAGCAGCCCUGAGUCAGGUGCCGCUGCUGGCCCUGCCACUCGGCCGUCCCCCACCUCUCUUGCCACUCCACACUGCAGGUUGCAAUGCUCCACUCCCUUGGCCAUGCACCACUGCAGGUCCCUGGUUCCCAUCAGCUCCCAAGGUCUGGCAAGGGGCAGCUUUUCCCACCAAUGGUGCCAGUUGCCUUCAUUCAUUCCACUUUGGUUGAAUGAACAAUAGCAUCGAAGUGUCCCGCUUGCCUACUGUGUUCUAAGCACUGAGUGAGGCAUUAGGGAAACAAAGAGGUAAGGCUUCUCUAAGUUCACGUACCCAGAAUCUAGAUCCACACUGCACUGGUGCUGGCUGUGCAAGACAAACCAGGUGGGCUUCCACAAGGUGGCCCUGUCCACGUCAUACAGGGAGAACAGCACGCACUAGGGGUCCUGGGGACACAGAUGUGAUUGUAGAAGCUCUUUGGGUGGCCUGAGCCUGGGCUUCCUGAUACACAGAAGCAAAACCUGGCCUGCCCAGUUGCCCUUGGUACACACUUCUGGUUCCGGUGGUUCUGCCCUGCACCAGAGCCUUGGCCAGCUGGGCUCACAGUCUCCACGGUCUCCCAUCCCCCUGGGCUCCAGGGAUGCCAUCCUGGAGCAAAAACUGCACCACUGGACAUACAGCAUUUAUUAAAAUAAUUCAAAAAUAAUUGUAUCAAUACUAAUAUUUUAUUUGUU